CGAGAAGUAGCGAGUUCUUGAUUCUGUGGCAGCGCCUGUCGCUGUGCUGGAAUACGUUUUUCGGGUUCCAAGCAGCGAGUUUUGACGCGCUAUCCCGCCAGCCAGGCGGUAGACUAGGAAGAGUGGGGAGAACAGAGACAAAGACAGAAAUAGUAAACACGCGCGCUGAUUGGUCCACGCGUCGUGACUUUGGAGAGUGGGGCAUGCGUCCGAAAGCGUCGUAGCGUGCAUCCGAAAAACAGGUUCCAGGCUUGACAUUGAAGCGAAAAAUCGCUGAAAACCUUUUUUCUCGUGUAUAUAGAAUGUAUAGCUACGUGCGAAGCUUCUGUGCUGAUUAACAGUUAUAGCACGAGUCGCCUAAGCAGUAGCGACUUAAAAAAAUUAAUUCAUUGUGAGAUCCAGCGUGCGCCGUCGUUCAGCACACUACAAUCAACAUCGUCGCUCCCUAUACGAAGAAAAGUACAGUGUGAAACCACGAUUUAAAUACUGAGAAAAACUCGAUAAAACGAACGAAAUAGUACAUUAUGCAACAAGGGUCGAAAGUAGCAGAUUUUUCCCGCUGGUGGGUUUACUGCCCAAGCGAGAAGAUUUUUACGAGGGUGCGUUUACUGCCCGAGCGAAGCGAGUCAGUAAUCACCACCGGACCCCACUGCUACUUUCGACCCGUGUUGCAUAUAGUACUUUAUUCCACUCUUGACUGAAAUGGUUACUAUUUGUCUCUGAAAAUCGAAGUCAACGUGUUUUUAUAUAUUAAUUUCAUUCAUUAAAAAAAAAAAAUUACUUUUGCCCCGUUGAUUAUACUUUUGCCUCCAAACAGAUUUACGGGAAAAAUAUGCUACUUUUGCCCCGAUAUUCAGGUGCAAAAAGUGGCCAUUUCGGUCGGGUGUGGAAUAAAACAUGUAUUUAUAUUCUAAACCGAUUUUUAAACACCUGACUCUUCGAACGUCGUAUCUAAUAAAACAUUUCUUUCCAGAAUCGUCUUUUUUAAAAAUACUCUACAAUGGCACGGUUUGCACUGCCACUGGCCGUUAUCCUGAUUUUUGCCGUCUCCAGCACGUCUGGUCAGUUCAGCUGCCCCAAACAUCUACCUUGCUACUGCUUCGUUAGUGCAAUGAACGAGUACAAGAUCCACUGCGCGAUCAACUCCACAGCAAACUCGGCCUUCGAUAUCACGAUCCAGCCAGGGAACAAAGUGCGCAUCCAGUGCAAGAACUCUCCGGACUGGUCCCAGUUCCUUCUGGGCUCCGCCAUCGUUGUCGGUCCCGUCGUCAAGUUUGAGUUUGAUUCCUGUGCAGCUCCAGGUCCGAUGUACAGCGCUAAAAUCGUGGACUGGCAGAUCAAUGCUCUGGGGGUGGAGUAUUUGAAGUACGAGGAUUUCAGCGCUCCGCUGACCGUUCAGGACUUCAACGUUUUUACCCAGCUGAAACAUCUCGUACUAUCGUACAAUAAGUUGGGACAGCUUCAGCGAGAUCUUUUGAGAGGACUUCCUAACUUGAAGCGCUUGGAGCUGAAGAAUACGAGCAUCGCCGAGAUCCCGCAAGGUUUCUUCGACAAUUCUAGUUCUCUGAGGACGCUCGAGCUCAACGGCAACAAACUCGAGUCUCUGGCACCAGGUAUCUUCGACAGGCUCAAGCAGAUAUACUCGUUGAAUCUUGGGCAGAACAACUUGCACGAGUUCAAGCCUGACGUGUUCCACAACCUGCAAAAUCUCACUGCCCUCGACAUCCAGCUGAACAACCUUAAAACUCUUCCGGCGAAUAUUUUCGCUGAUUUAAAGAGCCUGGAGGUCAUCGAGUUUGGCGGCAACAACUUUAUCUCAUUGCCUGCCGAUCUAUUUCAAUACAAUCCAGAACUCAAGAUUGUCAAUCACUCAAAUAAUACCGGUAAUCUCACGACGCUGCCCGGCAAAUUGUUGUUCGGCUUUGCCAAUCUGAAAGUGGUCUCGCUCGCGCAUAGCGGAAUUCACUACCUGCCCGAGGAUUUGUUAUGGGGCUCGACGAGUAUGAUUGAGUUGAAUUUAAAUGAAAAUUAUUUGAAGAAGCUGCCCACUAAUCUUCUGAAAGAUGCUGCUGAACUGCACACGCUCAGUUUGUCUUCCAACGACCAAGAGUUUCUUGAGGCUGGAACUUUCUUCAAUAACAAGAAGCUCAUCAAGCUUGAUCUGUCCAAGAAUCAUCUGACAUUCAUAAAAGAAUAUACAUUCGAUGGAUUGGAAUAUCUGCAGGAGCUCAACAUGGAGCACAACGAUCUGACUUACAUCAAUGUUGACGCUUUUGCUUCCCUUCAACAGCUGAAAAUCGGAAAGUUUGCAAACAAUAAGUUGACACUGCGUACCGACGUUUUUGAUCUCUUUGGUCAAAUUUCGCCAUUUCAUGCAUGCGCAUCGCUUGAAGUGUUGGAUUUGGCGCAUAAUAACAUCGAAGAAAUAUUCAGCGAUUGGAUGGUCACCAGCACAAAUUUACGAACUGUCGAUUUGUCGUACAACAAGUUCGAAAAGUUACAGGCCGCGGAUUUCCAAUUCACAUCCAACCGCAUCAAAGUCCAUUUGAGUCACAACAAUAUUCAGCUGCUAAACCUGGCUCGCCUCGAAUACUUCUCUACCAACCAGAUCGCCGACAAAUCCAAUGUCAUGCACCCUCGCAACGCCAUCGUCUUUCUGUCUUCAAACCCGAUUCAGUGUGACUGCGAACUUUACGAUCUUGUCCGUUAUCUCAACAACCAGAUGGACCUUCAGGCCCAAGAAUUCGUCAAACUGAACGUUAAAAACAUGACCUGCGACGGUCCUGAACAUAUGGCAGGUUUGGUUGUCGAACAAUUGGAGACGAGUGCGAUCAAGUGCCGAGUACAGUCUGCAAAGGCUCAGAAAGACGAUCCCUGCGCAGCUAAUUCCACCUGCGACUGCUGGAUGACGCCGUCGGACAAUUCUUUACUGCUCGACUGCGCUCGUAGAAACUUGACUUCUCCUCCGGCAUGGAUCAACACUCGUGGAUACGAUUGUGUUGAGCUGGACUUAUCCAGGAACAAGCUCAGGUCUGGGCCAAACAUGAGUGCGAAGGGUUACGACAAGGUGGUCAGUUUAAAUUUGGCCGAGAAUAAAAUUACUGAUGUGGAAAUGAACUUGAUCACGCCAAACUUGAAGAUUUUGAACCUCGAAGGCAACAACUUGACAUCUUUGAAUUCCGAGGUCCUCAAGAAACUGUUCGACGUAUCCAAUAUCUCGCAACUAACGCUUCGCAACAAUCCAUGGAUCUGCAACUGUUCAUCCCGUGAUCUGCUCUCUAACUUUCAAAUGGGCUACAAGCAGAUCUCUGACUUUGUGAACAUUACUUGCCAAAACUCCAUCGUAUCUCUGUCGAGACUCACAAUAGACGAGCUCUGUCAAUUCUCGGAUAAUUUGAUCAUCAUCGCCGGCUCUCUCGCCAGUCUCUUCGUUCUUCUGAUGAGUUGCGUAGCAACUCUAUACUUUUGCUUCGGGAAGCAGAUCAAAAUAUGGCUCUACUCGAAGAACGCGUGUCUCUGCCUGGUGACAGAGCGUGAGGUUGACAAGGGCAAGAUCUACGACGCCUUCGUCAGCUACUCGCACAAGGACGAGGAGUUUGUGGUGAAGGAACUCGUGACCAAACUCGAGGAAGGACCGAGACCUUAUAAGAUCUGCAUCCACAUCCGGGACUGGCUGGCCGGCGAGUGUAUACCCGUGCAGAUUUCUCGCAGCGUCGAGGAUUCGCGACGAACUAUUAACGUGCUCUCGCCCAACUCUAUCGAGAGCGUCUGGGCCCGUAUGGAGUUUCAGACCGCUUAUAAACGGGCUCUCAGCGAAAAACGCGCUCGAGUCAUCAUCGUCGUCUACGGCGAGAUCGGGCACAUUUACGAUCUCGAUACCGACCUCCGAUCCUACCUGACGAUGAACACCUACGUCAAGUGGGGCGAUCCCUGGUUCUGGAAGAAGCUCAAGUACGCCUUGCCGCACUCUGUUAUACGGUCGACAAUAACCGACAAGGAGAACAAUUGCGUUAGUACUAUUGACAGAACCAUUGUCUCCAAGCAAAUCAACCAGCUGCAAGUUAUUUUCGUCAAUGAAAAAAGUCAGACUGUCUUCGAAGAUGUUGAAGAGAUUAGCCAAAGUAUUUCGAACGAAUAGUCCUAACAUUAGGAACAGUACAGUGCUUAAGCUUAUCUAUGUACGUUAAGAAAGAACUGGUUCGUACAUGCUAUAAUUUUGUGAACAAUAUUGGAAGCAAUAUUUUGUACAAAAAGAAAAUUAAUUUUAUACAUUAAUCUAUGUAAAAUAACUAAUAAAUUAAUAAAUGAUUUUGAAUGCAACACUAAUUAAAAUGUAUUUUCUGAAUUCUUUUAAAAAGAGUGAAUUUGUAAAGUUCAGACAUAAACGCGUAGCUCUAAGGUACGGACAAUUUGUCAAAAAGAUAAAAAGCUGAAUUCUUUCUUACGCUGCACCGCUUUACGAUAAAAAAGGCAUCACAAAGUUAAAUAAUAAUCGGUUUUUCUCCUCGGACGGUGACUUGAAAUAUUCGUCGUUGUAACUGAACCGCCUAAUGAGUUUCCAAUUGGAAAAUGAUCGAUGACAUGCAUAAUUUUUUUUCCACCAUCGCGGCAGAAAUCUCCGUAUCGCACGUAAGUCGAACUUUAGAAAAGCUGGAAUCGCACGCGAUAAAUACGAGGAGAUGGAAAAAUUUUGUGUUGUCGCUGGAUAUAAUGCAAAAAGCGACGCGCGAGUGUCGGCGGAACAAAGUUUGUCACUGGUCUGGAAAAUCAAGGUGACUCGAAUGGAAAACUUUAUCACAGCGUUUUUGCGAUCCUCGUUUGAUUACAUCCAUAUGUAAAUUUUCGUAUACGUUAGAUGGACCACUUCAUAGCAUUACUAUAACGGUUGUGGAACGAUUAUGUCACACGAGUAGAUCGCGUCAAAUAAAAAGUAACUCAUGGAACACGAUUGCCUCUGCUUUGUAUCUUGUCGAGCAGAGAAAAAAAAUCAGUAUAGCCCUAGUGGAAAAAAAAAUGUAAUAAAUUGUAAUAAAACGUAACAAAAUGUAAUAAAAUGUAGCAAACUGUAAUAAAACGUAAAAAAGGUCCGAAAUCCAACGAAAACGUACAAAAUGGUACGAUUUGUUACAUUUUCUUAUAUUUUAUUACACUUUAUUACAUUUUUUAUUUUCACUAGGGUGAUUAUUGGAAUAUACGGUUACAGUCAAGCACUUCAAGAUUGACACACUUUUCAGAGGAAUGUGCUAACUCGGGUGGAUGUAAUUAGGCAGUGAUAUCGAAAACUUGAUAACCGGGUCACGUUUUCUUAAAAUUUAUUUGCUGUGAAUAAUCAACUGCGGAGUUGAGAAAUAGAGCCCGAUAAGGAUUUGAGCAUUGUUUACGUUUGAAAAUUAUCGGAAAACUACAAUUAUCGAGUAGGUACUUGCUGUAGUAUAAGUGUUUAAAAAUGGCUUAUAAUCCAAAUUUGGUUUUACACUAUUUAUAAUAAGAAGUGCGAUAAUUUUUGCGAACAGUAUUGAAAAUUUCAUAACCUCUUGCAUAAAACCAUUCCUACUGUAUUAUUCAAACAUUUUUUCCGAAUUCUACAUUCUUAUAUACAGCAUCUUCAAGUUACUUCGCCGCAGGCAUGUCAGAUUUGAAAAAUUGAGGUUUGAUCGCCCAAGAGAACUUUUGAAGUGUAUUAAGGCCUAUUAAGUCACGAAACAAUGAUUGAUAAUCAUUGAAUCUUUCCAAUCAAACUGAUUAGCUUAGUCUUGAAAAAAUAUGAUCAAUUACAAAACUAUAAUCGUCUACUGCAACUUUCUCUUGUUGCAUUACUGAAUAUUCUAUGUAUAUUAUUUAUUAAAAAAAAAAAAACUUUAGAUAAUAUUUUUAUAGCCCUCUAAUUGAAUAUACGGAAGUACGAUCAUCGGUACACAGUAUUAGCAGAAUUUUAAUCGUGCAUCGAUCGUUUUUUUUUCUAUUGCGCCUAUAUUGAAUUAUCACGUACUAAAGUGCAGUUAUUUUAUGAGUCGUCUCGGAGACCGUCUACGUGACGCAAUUAUCGCUUCGCGCGCGCGCAGCGAUUUUGCAUUGUUGAUGCGUAUAUCUCUCGCUUUCGAGAUUCGCGUAUGCGAGAAGUAUUCGGCAAAAAAAGCGCACGCAUCGAAAUGGAAUUUUGCAUAUUGACCGAUUGUUUUUGCAUCCAUAAAAAUUUGUCAUUUGUGUAUAUAUUUGAUGAAGCAUGUCACACGCGCAUCCACGAGUUUCAUUGUAUAACGUGAUAAAAUUAAUUUGUUCAUUGAGUAUCUUUGCUUGUAGUUGUUAUGUAGUUUUUUUUUGCAUAAUCGAAUUCCGAGUCGAUGAAUAAUUUCUCAAAGUAUAUUCCAAGAACCUGGAAGAAGUCUCAUUUUGGUUCGCAACGGUAUAACUCUCACAAAAACAAUCGGUGUCUCACCUUAACACCGCUAGACACAGAAGUGAAUCGUGAAAAUUAUACUUAGACCAGACACCGAUAACUAUUUCAUGACAUAACGCUGUUAACACGGUCAUAAAUAAAUUAUUGUUUACGAACGCA